AACUUCCUGUGGGAUGUCUCACUUAUAGCACAGGGUGUGAAAGAAAGAGGAUGUUGCACAGAAAUGAGUAGAAACUGUGUAGCAGGAUACACAGGAGUAUAAUACUGAACAAGAACAAAACUCAUCUGCUUAUUUGUGGAUCAUCCACCAAACCAAAUAGUCUUCUGUACAAACACAGAAAUGGAGAUGUCUGAGAACACUGAGCAACAUGGGGUAGGCGAUGAGAUGGUGGAGAGGGGAGCUGAUAUUUACGACAGCGCAGACUUUUCCCAAGGUCAUGAAGCUGAAACAAAGAGCACAGUGCAUCAGCAGCCAGGCAGGACUUUGUUCAGGACUGUAAUUGUGUGCCUGGUGCUGCUCGGUGUUCUCCUCCUGGCUGGACGCAUCGGCACUGGACUCUACUGUGAGAAAUUCACAUCCAAACUGCAGACCCAAAGCGAGGACUCGGCUGAAAAGAGGAAACAGGCCUUACUUGAACUCAAUCAUUUCUGUAAGGAUGGAUGCACAUCAUUCAACAACAGUUUUUACUACAUUUCUUCUCAAUACAAGAGCUGGGACGACAGUAGACAGGACUGCAAAGACAGAGGGGCAGAUCUGGUCAUUAUAAACAGCAAAGAAGAGCAGGAAUUCAUCAAUUCCUUACGAAAACAUGUCUGGAUUGGUCUGACUGACAGAGAAGAACAGGACACAUGGAGAUGGGUCGAUGGUUCAGUUCUGAACAGCACAGGGUUUUGGGGCCAAGGUCAACCCAGUGGCAGGAAGGACUGUGUCUCCAUCUACUGGUAUACAAUGGAGAGAAGCUGGAAUACUGAGCCUUGUACCUCGCAUCUUUUCUGUAUCUGUGAAAAAGUGACUGACUUUUAACAAUGACAAGCAGCACAUCACAAGACUGUGGCCUUUGUUGUCUCUUGUUUUCUUGUUAAUAAAGCACUUCUUUAGUUAAAAACUGCAGCACAGAAAGACUGUUAGGAAAAGGUCAGUACAUCAAGUACAUUCAGAUUCAUCACCACGUUGAUACUGUUGUGGAGAAAUUGCUGAAGUCAAAGGUCAAUGGUGAGGUCAGGAGGGAAGAAAAUGUUCAGGAGGCUCUGAUGUCUUAUGCUGUAUUGAUUAUUGUCGCUUGGCCAAGGAGAAUUAGAGACACUCUCAAAGUACAUCAGAAGUCCCUGAGUCGGUCUCGUAUGACAAACUCGUGAUGGUGGAUAAACUUUAAACCCAAAGAUCACACCCCAAAUACUAUAUGUCCAGAAUUAGUCAAAGAGAAUGUCUUUACCCUUGGAGGUGUUAUUGUCAGCAUAUUCUAGUCU